AUGAAUUUUGCAUCAUCCGCAAGCAGAAGCAGUUGGUUUCCCACAAUCAGUACAAGUAUCAACAAUAGCAAUCCCUGCCGACCUAAAAAUCUUCCUCAAGCUCCUGUGGAAAAUCCACCCCCAGCUCCAACGCAAAAUGCACCAGCUCCAGAGGGCGAUCUUAUUUCGUUCGAUGAAAACCCACCGACGCACCAGGAAAAAGCGCCGGCACAAGACCCAGAAUAG